UAUUUUGUUUGUUUAUAUUUUAUUUUUGAUUAUAAUUGAAGUGUGAAGUGAACAUCAUGCUUAUUUUUUUUAGAAUAUAAAUACACAAUUCCAAAAUGUCUUCCUCGUCAUCACGCUCAACAUCAUCUGUCGCAACCACUGUAUCACCUAUUGUUCUUUCUGGCAGCCUGCCAUCAGCAACUGCUACUGCCAUACUAAACACAGUAACCAGUAUAAAUAGUGCAAGUAAUAGCAGUUUUAAAGGAAUCCCGAGAAAGGGCAAGAAGAGACCUCAAGAUCAUCCUGUGAUAUAUAGUUCAAUACCGAACACGUUUGUUGACAAAACAAACGAUUUUAUAUGUCCGAUUUGUAUCAACAUGAUCGAAGAGGCUUAUGUAACAAAAUGUGGUCAUAGUUUUUGUUAUAAAUGUAUCCGAAGAAUAAUUGACGAAUCAAGUAGUUGUCCAAAGUGUCAAACUUAUCUAGAACGAAAAGACCACAUAUUUCCAAAUUUCCAUUUAAAUGAUCUAAUUCUAAAGCACAAACAAGGAUCUGUGUUUUCAAAACGUAGAAAAGCUGACACAUCAGUUCACACAAACGAAGUACAUGAUCUAGUCAAUACCGAGAAUUUAGAAUUAAGUGAAGUUAACGAUCUUUUGCAAGCACUACAAAGAAAGAAAGAGACUCUGGAAGCAGAUAGUAAAGCAGCACAAUUGGAAAUAUUAAAAGACUUCUUGCUACAAAUAAAAAGGACAAAGCAGCAGGAACUUGAUGCAUUAACAGCAGAAGUGAGGUUUUUAGAUGACGAUUUGUCGCAUGUCGAGAGUAAAAUAAACGCUCAUUGUACAGAAAAUCAAAAUUUAAUUCAGACACAUGUUGUGCCAACCACUCCGACAAUCGUCCCCUUUAAUAUGUCAAAGGGUACUUGUUUCCCACUUGAUGAUGCUUCAGAACAGGAAGAUAAUUGCCAUGAUGGCUUUAACUCAACUAGGCACGCUAACUUUCGACAUGGCUGGUCCACGGCAAGUCUAGCUGCCAGAAGAAAACGAAUUUAUCAACAUUUCGACGAUCUUCAGGCUUGUUAUUUUAAUGCAAAAAAGGGGAAUAUUGCAGGUGAUGUCAAGACCGAAGAUUCUUUAGAAUACAUCACAGAAUCAUUAGCAAAAUUUACGCAGUUUAGUUCGUGUAGACCUUUAGCAACGCUUAAUUAUGCCAGUGAUAUUUGUAAUGGAUCAAGCAUAGUUUCUAGCAUCGAGUUCGACCGGGAUUGUGAAUAUUUCGCUAUUGCUGGUGUAACCAAAAAAAUCAAGGUGUUUGAGUAUGGUCAAGUUGUCCGUGACGUAGUGGACAUACACUAUCCAGCUCAUGAAAUGACUUGUAAUUCCAAGAUCAGUUGCAUUAGCUGGAGUCAAUAUCACAAAGGCAUGCUAGCUAGCAGUGACUAUGAAGGAACAGUGACAAUAUGGGAUGCAUUUACUGGCACUCAAUCGCAGCUCUUUCAGGAACACGAGAAGAGAUGUUGGAGUGUAGAUUUUAACACUGUUGAUCCGAAUUUAAUCGCAUCUGGAUCGGAUGACGCGAAGGUGAAACUUUGGUCAACUAAUAUGGAACAUUCUGUAGCAACGUUGGAAGCGAAAGCAAAUGUCUGUUGCGUUAAAUUUAAUCCAAGCAGUCAUUAUAAUAUCGCCUUUGGUUCUGCAGACCACUGUGUACAUUAUUACGACUUACGAAACCCGAAACGAUCGUUAGCAGUUUUGAAGGGUCAUCGGAAAGCAGUUUCGUACGCUAAAUUUGUCGACUCGCAACAAAUUGUUUCAGCUUCUACUGAUAGCCAGUUAAAGCUAUGGGACAUCAAAACAUCACAAUGUCUGCGGACGUAUAAGGGACACUCAAAUGAGAAGAAUUUUGUUGGCCUGGCAACAAAUGGCGAUUACAUUGCUUGUGGAAGUGAAAACAAUUCACUGUACGUCUACUACAAAGGUGUUUCCAAACAACUCUUGACGUUUAAAUUUGAUGCAGUUCGCGGUGUACUUGAUAAAGAUAAAAAAGAAGAAGAAUCGAAUGAAUUUGUUUCUGCAGUUUGUUGGAAGCCUGAUUCAAAUGUUGUAGUAGCUGCGAAUAGUCAAGGGCAAAUAAAGGUGCUGGAUUUAGUUUGAAAUUGUGUUGAAAGUUUAAUAGAAUGAAGCUAAAUUUUAUUUUCGAAUUACGUUUUUUUUUUGCUUGUACAUUUUGUACAUAUUAAAUUAUUUUAUUAAACCAACCCUGAGAAGUUGUUUCAAACAAUUUUUUUUAUGCAUAUCUAACAAAUUUUUGCUAUUAGUGUUCCUAGAGUGUUUUGAAAGUACGUUUGAAAUAGAAAAACUGUCCCGACAUUUUCAAGACAAUGUACAGACAUUGCGAUAAGGUAGAGAGUUUUGCGAUUGAAGCGGAUUAACUUGUUUAAUUAGGUCACUCGCGAAAGUUUUUCCGCGCAUUUUGGGAAAACAUAAUCUCUCGUAAAAGUUUGCCUUAAAUUUGGUGGGUUUUUUCCUCGCGAAAGUUUCUGCCCUUAAAGUAUAAAGGCGCCAUUUUAACGUUCAUCUUAUCGAGAAUGAAGUGAUUUGAUUCUUUGCAUGCAUUUCUGGCUAACUCCUGCUUGUACACUGAAAGAGUGAUGGAUGUUUGAAAAAAAAAUUUAUUAGAAAUUAUAGUUAGAAAUGUAUAAAUAUAUAUAUAUGUAUACGUGGUCACAUUUUCUUUAUUUAAAAUCUUGUUUUUAAUUGAUUGAUUGACUGAUUUAAAUAAACGGAUGUUGUGUCCGUCUUUAUAUUUUAUUUGAAAAAAAAAUUUUUGUAAAACUCCCAAACAGUUAUAAGAAAAACUAGACAAUUCU